CUAAUAGCUUAUGUGGUAUGCAUUUUUAACGCCUGUUUUCAAGUCGAUUUUAAUAAAUUCAAAGUCCGAGUAUUUGCUUGUACAGUACAGCUUCUCAACUUACCUACACACACACGCACAACUGGGAGAAAUAUAUGUACGUAGAACGGUAUGAAUGUAAGUGAUUUAAAAAACCCAGGCAUAGACAAUAUUUCAGUUCGAUUCUAUCACAGGAACACAACGGUUGUGUGUCUUUUACUAAAAGGAGUAUAAAAUAGCAGCAGCAGCAGCAACUAAUAAAUAUGCGCGAGGAAGACUUGCAGCUGGCACGCCUAAUUGUGGCUAAUUCGACUUCUGCUGAGGAUGAGUUUGAUGGUGAGGCGGCGAUUGUUUCACCUGGAAAUUCGCCUAGUCCGUUGAGAAGCCGUGCAUUGGAUCUAAGUGAGAGACGUAAACAAUUUCGGCGCACACGCAGCUUGAAUGCACCAUCGCCGGUGCAACAAUUUGGACCAUGUGGUGGUAUUAUGAAGAACACUGCAAUGGUUAUGCAGAUACAAGAUCCCGCCAGUCAGCGCUUGACCUGGUAUAAGCCACCGCUAACGGUGCUGGUCAUCAAAAAAGUAAGCGAUGCUUCUGUGCUGGCGCCCUUUGUGCAGCUGGUCGAAUGGCUGCUGCAGGAGAAGAAUAUGGUAGUCUGGGUGGAGUCUGCGGUGCUUGAGGAUAAGCAACUCAACGAUAAUAACCAAUUUGGCGCCAUACGCGACAAGCUGGUUACCUUCAAAGAUGGUCGUGAUGAUCUCACCGAUCGCAUUGACUUUAUAGUCUGUCUGGGUGGCGACGGCACGCUGCUGUAUGCCUCUCAACUCUUCCAGAAAUCGGUGCCACCUGUAAUGGCCUUUCAUUUGGGCUCGCUGGGCUUUCUCACGCCCUUUCGCUUCGACAACUUCCAGGAGCAGCUGACCAGCGUACUGGAUGGUCAUGCUGCGCUUACGCUGCGUAGUCGUCUUAGCUGUGUUAUGCACCACAAGAGUCACAAGCGCAGCAGCAAGGAUAAUGCUGCUGGCGCCGUACCUGCCGCAACUGCUGCGGAUAGCAUGCUAGUGUUAAAUGAGGUGGUCAUCGAUCGUGGUCCCUCGCCCUAUUUAAGCAAUAUUGAUUUAUUCCUGGAUGGAAAAUAUAUUACAUCGGUGCAGGGCGAUGGUCUCAUAGUAUCCACGCCCACGGGCAGCACAGCUUAUGCUGUAGCUGCUGGCGCCUCUAUGAUACAUCCCUCCGUGCCAGCCAUACUGGUGACGCCCAUUUGCCCGCAUUCGUUGAGCUUCCGACCCAUUGUGGUGCCAGCUGGUGUGGAACUGAAGAUUUCGGUGUCACCCGAGAGUCGCAAUACAUCUUGGGUGAGCUUUGAUGGUCGCAAUCGUCAGGAGCUCUUCCAUGGUGAUAGCCUGCGUGUGACCACCUCUAGAUAUCCAGUGCCCAGCAUUUGUGCACAGGAUCAAAUCACCGACUGGUUUGCCUCGCUGGCCGAUGGUCUGCAUUGGAAUGUGCGCAAGCGUCAAAAGUGCCUGGAUGAACUAUCAGAUUUAACGGCAUCUGGUUCGGAGGAGACAUUCGAUGAGUUGGAACAGUUGAAAUUGUACGAUGUGUAGUAGUGCGUAAGUUGUUCCUAAGUGUGCCUCGUUUGUAAAGCUUCAGCUUUGUAGUUCAAAUAUAGUAGUAGACAAGCUUUGUAUAUACAAAUAACUAUAUUUGAGAGUCUGUAACUUGUAGUUACUCGAAUAUUUUGAAACAUAUAUUUACAUAAAUUAUUACUUAAUUGUAUCUAUAGCAUGGGAAUUGUAGUUUAAUUAAAAUAUUAUCUAGCUUUUAUAUAAAAAAGAAUUGACGUUCUUAUUCGAAAAGUUGUCUAAGUUUUUGUUGCAGUGUGUGCAAGCUCUUGUUGGGUUGCAUGUGGUUCACCUCGCGUUAGUUCAGUUAUUGGCAGCUCUAUGUGCCACUUGGGCUUGUCUUGUCGAAAAUACUUAGUUUGCAUAGAAAAUAAUAUUGAAAGUAAUGCUGGCACUUUAGUUGUGUAAAUGUGUUUGUUUGUUUGUAUAAAUGUUGCCUCGGGCGUACAUGAGAUGCACGACAGCGUACAUGUUUAAGAUUUUUUGCCAUUGUUAAUGCUUUUUAUAUACAGACAUACAUAUAUU